AAAUGAAAAAACCGGUGUACGGAGUUCCCAGAAAACCGGGAAAGUAUGUUGUGGGAAUUUGGUGAUCACAGAUAGAUUGAAUGAGGAAAGUUGAUGGUUGGGUAACGCAACAUGGGACCCUCGAUUUUUCCAUUGUUGUACCAAACAAAACCACACUCCCCAUUAUUCUUGGAAACCCAAAACAGCUGCGCUCUAUUCUAAACCCACUCACUCCUCUCAUCACUAUAAAACCAUUCCUCAUCUUCAUUCUUCUCUUCCUCACCGUCUUCCUUCACACUGCAACAAAACAUUUUUUCCUUUCUCCUUACACCUCACUAUUCACCAUGCGGUUGAGCUGCAACGGUUGCCGCGUGCUCCGGCGAGGGUGCACGGUGGAGUGCCCCAUUCGAACCUCCCUUCAAUGGAUAAGUUGCCCUGACUCUCAGUCCAACGCCACCCUCUUUCUCGCCAAGUUCUAUGGCCGUCAAGGCCUCCUCAACCUCCUCACCAACGCUCCCUCCCAUCUUCAACCAGCGGUAUUCAAAUCUUUGCUUUACGAAGCUUGCGGUCGGAUGGUGAAUCCGAUUUUCGGCUCGACCGGGUUACUCUCGACCGGAAAUUGGCACCUCUGUGAAGCUGCUGCCAAAGCCGUUCUCAGCGGCGCGCCGAUUCAGCAGGCUCUUCUGGAUGGCGCCGAGAGCCUCCAUUCAAAGGAUUGCGAUAUUCGCCACGUGGCGAAGAGUCAUAAAUCGUGCGGUCCUGAUGCGCUUCACAGGGUGAAGUCACGGACCAGCAAGCUCAAGCGCCGCGCUGCGAAGCCAAAAGUUGAAUCAUUCGUGGCUGAGUUGGCUCAAAACGAGUUAGAUGGACGGGGCUCGCUGAGUCAGGACUCGGCGUCUGGGUUGACUCGGACGAGUGAGAACAAAAUCAUUGGUGGGGAAGCCGAUAGCAGCUGCAGCGAGAAUGUGGUGGAGCCGGCUCGAGCCAAUGAUGAAGAAAUUGAGCUUCAUUUGACUUUGGGGUGGGGUCCAGUGAAAAAAUCAACAACUCCUGUGGUGCCACGUGUAGGGCUCGAUCUUUCUGGCUAGUUCGAUUUUGUUUUUGGAUACAGGUCCACAAAGUGUUGGAUUUAGAUAGGUGGUGAACAUUUUUCUAUCCUCACCCCUUUUACUUAUGUUAUGUUUUAGAUUUUUCAGAUGUACAUUGUGAAGGUUCUUUAUGGGAGAUUUUUUUUAUACUAUUCUUAUAAAUCUCAAUAAUACAAGUUUAUGACAACUUCACAUUGCA